AACCCUACCAGGGGUAGGCCUUGAGAGAGAAUUUCCGGUACCAUUUCUCGCCUGGAAAGUUGUUUUAAAAAUACUUUUCCUCUAGUCACUAUCUAGAUUAAAUCUAGAUCUAUUUACUGUUUUUUUUCUUUAAAAAAUCAUUUCGUCUUGGAUAUAUAGUAAAAACAAACAUUAUGAAUCCAAACUUUGACACAAUUGGUAAACAGUUUGUUGAACAAUAUUAUGCUGUGUUCGAUAACAAAGAUACACGAAGCCAAGUCGCGGUUAUGUACCACCCUGCCAAUGCCUUGUUAACAUUUGAAGGACAGCAAUUUCAUGGUAUAAAUGCAAUAGCAGAAAAGAUGAAAAACAUCCCAAUAGAUAACAUGUUUAGACAAAUAACAACAAUUGAUUGCCAGCCAACAAUAGAUGGUGGUGUUCUGGUCAAUGUCAUAGGUCAACUGAAGAACAAUUCAGAGCAUGAUAAAGUGAUGGGAUUUUCUCAAACCUUUGUCCUUAAGCCUGCAGAUAAUUCUUUUUUUAUCUUUCAUGACAUUUUUAGAUUGGUUAUACACAACAUGUAGUGACACAUUUAGAUAAUUUUCCUAAGAACUAAAGAGUGAGCCCUUUUUUAUUAAGUAAAAUGAUUUGUCUUACCAUAUUUAUACUUAUCUGCAUGUGUUUUUUAAUACUUGUUCUGAUAUGUUAUGCAGGAAUUUCUCCAAAACAAUAGUAGGUCAGUUAAAACUAAAAGGCAGAAAUUUUUUUUUAGGUGACUUGUUAAGAUUUUAGCUUUGUUUAUGUUUAAAGUUCACAAACUAGUUUAAUGUAAGACAGUUAAGACAAGAUCCUUUCGUUAAUGCAGUAUUACACUCUCUUAGCAACUGUGUUAAAAACAAACACUCAGAACAGAAUGACCUAACUGAUUGUUUACCUUAGAAAUGUUGAUUUCACAGACUUUACAGUUGUGGGGGGUGAAUGGGAGUUUUUUCAAUAAUUUAUUACAACCUCACUGUUACUGUGUAAUGUGUGGGCUUGUAUGGUUUGAAACUGUUUAAAUGCUUUGAAUUUAUUGGCACAGAUUAUUGAUUUUUAAAAAACAUCUUAAUUUUUCCAUGUGAGUUUUAAUAGUAGGUGCAGUAAUUAAGGUAUUUGUUUACUUUGCAAUUAAGGAACAUAAUUAGCAUUGUUAAGUGUAGUUUUUUUUUUUUAACAUAGUUCAAAAGACUUUGUUAAUUACUGCAUGUCCUUCAGUAUUUUGGAAAGAAUUUUUUUUUGUACUUAGCAAAUAUCUUUCUUGGUUUUAAAAAACUUGUGAUGGUUAUGUUGGAUGCAUUUCUUCUUUAGUUUUUGUGCUGUUUUAUUGUUUUGAAAUGGGCCACAUUACUUUGCAUACUUAGACAUUUUAAUAGUUGCCUUUCCCCCUGUUUCUGGGGUUAUUAGUCGUGUUUCAGUAUAUAACCAGUGCAAGAAUUAAAUCAAGCAUUUUUAAUCAGUGUAGGGCUAUGUUU